CCGUCUCUACUGUAUAUACCCUAGUACACCCUGAUAUAUCCUAAAUGUUGUGAAACUGAUAACCCCGUAAUUAACUUGAAAAUAAAGUGAUUUUCACAAUCUGGUUCGUGUAAAUUUGUUAAAAAGAACGAAAUAAAAGUGAAGAAAUAAAAUCGAAGGAUGGACGAGUACGAAGAAGGUCAGUUCAGUGAUGCUGAUGAAACUGAGCCAAAGUACGAAACAAGUAGGGGGAAACCCUUAUUUCAUCCUGUACUUUCCAAAGGUAUAAGUGAAUUGUUCAUUUCAAAUAACAAUGAAGUAAAAGAGGAUGAUAUCGACGAUGAUGAUGAUGAUUUAGGAGAUGAUUUAAUUUGGGAUGAACAUACAAGUAGAACUGGAUCCAACAAUAUUAUCAAAAGCAUCAAAUCACAAAAUGUUAAUGCUCAGAAUGUUUCCAAUAAGAUCACAAAUUAUCAGCCAUCAGACAAACUAUUUCGUCGGUAUGCUAACAAGAUUAAUAUUGAAAAAUAUGAAGGCCGCUCUUUGCCAGGACAUGCAGCAAAUCUUCUUCUUGAAAGUGACAAGAGGACAGAGAAAGAUAGAGUUAAAACAAAAGAUAAGCAUGACCGUGCAACUGUGGAACAGGUUUUGGAUCCUCGCACACGAAUGAUAUUAUUUAAGAUGCUGAAUCAUGGUAUAAUCGCACAAAUUAAUGGGUGUAUCUCAACUGGAAAGGAGGCUAAUGUUUAUCAUGCAACUUCAAAAACAGGAGUAGCAUUUGCAAUCAAAAUAUACAAGACAUCAAUUUUACAAUUUAAAGAUCGAGAUAAAUAUGUCACCGGAGAAUUUCGUUUUCGUCAUGGAUAUUGUCGGCAUAAUCCACGUAAAAUGGUACGAACAUGGGCGGAAAAAGAAUUUAGGAAUUUAAUACGGCUUCAGCAGGGUGGAAUAAAUGCUCCGAAACCAAUUUUCUUACGUAGUCAUGUACUGUUGAUGGACUUUAUAGGCACAGAUGGUUGGCCAUCGCCAAAGCUAAAGGAUGCUGUUUUUAGUUUUUCCGAACCACGAACAUUAUAUAGAGAAUGUGUUGAAAUAAUGUGGAGAUUGUAUAAUAAAUGCAAACUCGUUCACGCUGACUUAAGCGAAUACAAUAUGCUUUAUCAUGAUGGGUCUAUUGUAAUAAUAGAUGUAUCUCAAGCAGUAGAACAUGAUCAUCCAAUGGCACUUGAAUUUCUUAGAAAAGAUUGUAGUAAUAUCACUGAGUUCUUUAAGAGGUACGAAGUUGGAGUGAUGACUGUCAAAGCAUUAUUUGAUUUUAUAACGGAUCCAACAGUGACUGAAGAAAAUAUGGAUAAAUAUUUAGAUGUUAUAUCAGAACAAAUGAUACAAAUAAACGGUGUUGAUCCUACACAACAAAUAGAAGAAGAAGUUUUCAAACAAGCUUACAUCCCUCAAAAUUUAACACAGGUCAUUGAUGUUGAACGUGACAUCAAACUUGCUAAGUCCGGAAAGGAAAACUUGAUAUAUAAAACUCUUGUUGGUUUAAAAGCCGAUUUGUCAAAACCACUUGACACUCCUGAAAUUCUCACGAAACAUUCGGAAAAAACAGAUGAUAUUGACGAAGAGAGAUCAUCCGAAGAAUCGGAUGAUUCUGAGGAAGAUGAAGAUAGCGUAGAAGAAACUGUAGUCGGGAACGAAUCUAAAUUCGUUAAUUUGGCGAGACCACGGGACGAGAGUCCAGGUACUAAAAAGGCACGAAAAAAAGCUGUGAAGGAGCACCAAGCUGAAAAAAGAAAAACUAAAAUAAAAAAACAUGUGAAGAAAAAAAAAGUACGAAAAGUAGCGAAAAUCGUGCGUGUGUCACAAAAAAAUAUUUUUCAAUUAAUAAAAUUCCACUCCUUACAUCCUCGUAUAAAUAAUACACAUUUGAGUUUGUAA